AUGUCCGCAGCAGCCAUAUCCCAGUUUGUUGAGAUUUCGCAUGACUUGUACCUGAGCAGGUUGCUAGCUGGGGUGUCGGCCACGCUUGUGGUCUAUGAUUGGCUGUUGAUGUUCGAUACGGAGACUGCGACCAUCUAUCAGUCAAAAUGGACCGCACCAAAAGCAUUGUUCGUCUUCAUACGCGCCAUCACCCCUCCUGGGAUUCUUCUGUCGGCCUUUCAAUUUUCGGAUCUGAGACCUGCGCUCAGCGCUAGAUUGUACGUACUUUGUAUGAUCUGGGCUAUCGUAGGGGUGCUGGCAAUGUUCUUAUCCCUUACCGCUGCAAAUGCGCUCUUGACCUUGCGGCUCAUCGCCCUCUACCGAAGGAACAAGAAGAUGGUCUGGUUUGUUACUGGGUUCUUUCUUGUGACCUAUAUUACGACCGGAGUGAUUGUCAUCGUGUCUCUAUAUAUCUAUCACUCCACCAUCUUCUACUCAACCAUGUUCCAGACCUGCGGAUCAAUGAGCUCGUCCAAGCUCAUGCCAGCAAUGUUCUAUGCUCCCGCGGGCUUUGAGACCUUUAUUUUUGUGCUCACUGCCUAUCGUGCAUGGCGUGACGCCCGACUUCUUACUGGACCGGGAGCCACACCAUUUCUGUUUGUGCUCUACAGAGACGGCUUUAUCUUCUUCUUCGUGAUGGUUGCCGUUCGUGCGUGGAAUAUAUGGAUUUAUCUCAGCCAACCACUCAGCAGCUCAAGUCUCGGCACGCUGCUCAUGUGGGCGCUCAACACGAUAUUGACGACACGCGUUUAUAUGAAUCUGGUCUGGCUAGCAAAGACACCACAGCUAACUGUGGUGACAGAGCCCGAAGUGGGACACACCACAAUUGGGUUGAAUACACUAAAUAGAAAGCGGGGGCAAGCAAGCACAUUUGGUAUGGAAACCGACGCAGACGGCAUUCAUACAAGAGGCCCAUCGAAUCUCGUCUUGGGAAACACGAGGAAGGCGCGGCGCGACUGA